CACAUAGCAAAGUCUUGCCCAACCAUCAGUGUCAUAGAUGACGUUACUUCCUGGAAAACAGGGGACCGCAUCAUUAUAACGUCAACUGACUACGACUGGAAGCAGGUGGAAGUCGGCAAAGUGAUGGACUGUGACGGUUGUCUUAGUAACCAGAUCAGAAUCGACCUUGCGCCGAAAUUUACACACUACGGAGAAAUUUACAAGAACGUGGACAUGCGAGCUGAGGUUGCUGUCCUGACCAGGAAUGUGGUGAUUGAAGGUGUAAUGGAAAACUUUGCAGAUGAAUUCGGCGGUCAUAUCAAGGUUUUGAAGGGAUUUAAGGACUUCCACAUUGAGGGCGCGGAACUCACACAUAUGGGACAGUCUAAAUCCGAAGGGAAAUACCCAAUACACUGGCAUCUCUGUGAAGAUGUGAAGGAUCUGAAUCUCUACCCCUCCACUACAUACGCCCGUGGGAACGCAAUCCACCAAUCGUACGCCAGAUGUGUCACCGUACACGGCACCCACGGGGUUCAGGUGAUGGAUAAUGUCUGCUUCGACAGCAUCGGUCACGGGUUUUUCCUGGAGGAUGGCGGGGAGAAAUGGACAACAAUAACAGGCAACCUUGGAGCAGCACAACUGUUUGGCGACCUUAUACCCACUGACAACAUGAAGCCAUCAACAUUCUGGAUCACCAACCCUCUGACUGUGCUUGAGAAUAACGUUGCAGCCGGCGGCAAAGGACAUGGAAUAUGGUAUGUGUUCCCAGAGGAGCCAAUGGGACUAUCCAAUGGGAAGGGUUAUAUGCAGUACGGCGAGGCCAGACAUACUGCCGUCACCAAGUUCAGUAACAAUGUGGCACACUCCAACAGACUGGACGGUUUGAGGUUUGAACAGCGACUGGACCAGGACGGUACCGAAUUAAGUAACAAUAACCAGUACGAACCACUGGUGGAUCCUCUGGACGACGAAUCUGAGUUGAAACUCGUGGAGUUUAGCCGAAUUACAGCAUAUAAGAACUGUAAAAGAAACGCUGUGUUACGAGGAGGGCUUAUACAAGUGAAAGACUCGUCGUUUUCUGACAGUCCAAUUGGUUUGACGCUGAGAAGAUUUAGUUCCGGUCAGUCUGUGAUAAACUCAGUGAUUAUAGGAGAUUCUGAUAACAAAGGGACACCAUCGGAACAGCUAGACAGAUCGUUACCAGAUUUGGAAGAACCGGACUUGCCUCGUCGUGGUUUGGUACUCGGGGCCGGACCUGUUCUGGUGGAUAAUGUAUGGUUCGACGGUUUUAACAGCACGGCAUCCUACUCUACUGGCGCAGUGUCCUUCUCAGAAAAACUGUCAAGGCUCAGGUCUCCAAGGAACACAUUCAGGAACAUCGGCUUCGGUUUCGAUGACGACUCUGAGGGCAACAGAGUCAUUCAAACGACGACAGACAUAUCGGAAAGUGUAGAUGCUGUUAAGGUUGACAUAUUUUACGACGAAGAUGGCGAUGUCACGUCAAUACCAGGAGCAAGUGUUGUACGCCCGCUUAAAUUUCACAUGACACCUAACUGUGCAGUAGUGGAUUCUUGGAAAAUGGCAGUUUGUGAUGAAUCGUUUGCCCAGGUUGUCAUUAGAGGCAGAAAGGAUGAGGCUAUGACAAUGAUGAGAUCUGAUGACGUCACAAACAACAGAAUUACGUCAGACUCAUCAGGUUCAACGGGAGCAUUCAAUGUGAUUUUAGGAGAAUCCUACACGUACUUAGUCAAGUUCAAUUCCGAACUUCCAACGACCUUUUCUUUAACGGGGCUUGGAAUGCAGAAAGGAAAAAAUGUCGUUGUGGGCAUAUGUGUUCCAAAGGACGUGACAUUCAGGCUGAGCACUAACACCCCAGCACGGAAGGCUGCAUCUUCUGUAACAAGCCUGGCUGCGUUAAAGUCGGACACUACGGGCACAAAAUAUUUUCUCGAUGACGACGCAGGCGUUCUGUUUGUGAAGAUAAUGACCACUAGUUCGUUCUCAACCACAUCACAGCGGCUCAGGGAUUGUCCGGACGGAAUAUGUGCAAGAGUCGGCGUAAACACGAUUGCCACUGAGGACUGGUCGGACACAGACUGCGAGGCAGCAUUUAAAACCAAAUACGGAUCACAGGUCACCGUUCGUCAACUCUUGAAGUUGAGGCGUUCACUUCAAUUACCAUCGUCUCUGCCAAAAACAUCUUCUGAUCCACCUGUGUCUGCAGGAGCUGGUCCCACCCGUCUCUGAUACAGUCGCACACACUUUUCAUUUUGAUGGACGCAUACAUUAAGUUCUUAUUAUUGCUACUUUAUUGUAUCUCGUUUAUCUUCUGAAUAAAA